AUGACUUCAUCAAUUGCUAAUACAAACCUAUUCAAUAAUCUAGUAAAUCAAAUACAACAAGAUUCAAAUGAUAAAGAAUUACAUUGGUUAGUUUCAUCAAUUAUAAUACCAGAAUUUCAACAAAUUAUAGAAACUUUAAAAGUUGUAUCAAAUUUAAUAUUAUAUAAUUCACCUCAACAUCCAAAUGUUGAAAUGGGAAUUGAAAGAGGACCAAGUAUAAAAUUACCAUUAACUUCUACUACUUCAAAUUCUAAUUUAAAUGGUAUAAUUAUUAGAGAUGGUUUAUACAUAUUAAAAUUUAAUGCUGUUAUAAAAGAUCAUUAUUUGAACAAGUAUUUCAACAAGCUUAACCUCAAAAAACCAAUAUUGCUAAAUCAACUAGUUAAUUGUAAAAAUUCAAUAGAUGAUUCAAUAGAAUUGUUAAAUCAAUUACGUACAUUAAAUGAUACAUUAAACAAAGAAAAACAUUUAUCAUCAGAAAAUCAUAAAUCAUAUCAUAAACAACUAAUAAUAUCAUUUGAAAACCUAUUAAAUAAAAUCCAAUUAGCAAAAACAAAUUUACAAUUACCCAUAGAUCCAUCAAUAAUAUUUCCCCAAAAUAUAAUUGAUCCAACAGCAUUUGAACCAAUUUUACCAAAAUUAAUAUCUAUAGAUUUUUAUAUAAAUCAAGCUGAAAUUUGUAUUGAUUUAAAAAAUUUGAAUCAAAUUACUGAAAAACCAUGGAGUGAAAUUCAUAAUGGGAAAUCUUAUGUUGAUUUAAUGAGAGAUGAAAUAAAAAAUAAUAAUAAUAGCCAAUCAAAUGAUUCAGGUAAUUCAACUCCUUCCACCACUGAGAGUAAUCAUGAAUCAAAAAGAUUUUUUAACUUAUUUAAAUCAAAUAAACAAUUUGAUAAAAAUGAUUAUAUAACAAGAUGUAUAACAUACAAUAAUAUGGUUGUUAUGAUAAAUUCAAAAAUUGAAGUUAGUUCAGAAGAUCCAAUUUUAGUAAGUUGUUUUACAAAAUUAGAUAGUAUUGAAUAUUUAAUUAAUAAUUUUUUAUAUAGUUUAAAUAAUUUAAUUUAA